GCGUCCACCAGGACGUAAAGGAACCGGCGGAUCCUUUUCUCGCGUCUCCGUCUUGCCCUCGUCCGGCUCACCGAGGCGAGUAUAACAAGCUGUCCCUUCGCCGAUGAGCACCAACAAAUCGGACCGCGUCACCUAAAUGAAGCUACUCAGCCAUGCAAUGUUCCUGGAAGGCAGUGGUUCUGCUAGGCCUGGCGUCGAUCGCCAUCCAGUACACAGCGAUCAGGACGUUCACAGCCCAGCCUUUCCAGAUCUGCCCCGUGCCGAGCCCUCUGAACUGCGCCCUGAGCCAGGAGGUGGAGAGCUUUGACCGCUCCUGCGACGAAUUCUCUUUCUUCUCCUACAACGCCUCUAGGAAGACUCACGUCCUCAUUCUGGCCACCACUCGCAGCGGCUCCUCGUUCGCGGGCCAGCUCUUUAAUCAGCACUCGCACGUUUUCUACCUGUUUGAGCCCCUCUAUCACGUGCAGACCACCCUAAUGCCACACCUCUCCCACAGCAGGGGCAGUGCUGAUCGACGGGUGAUGCUGGGAGCCAGCCGUGACCUUCUACGGAGCCUGUACAAUUGCGACCUCUAUUUCCUAGAGAGCUACAUCAAGCCUCAUCCCACGAACCACACCACGGACAAGCUCUUCCGCAGGGGGGCCAGCAAAGCCCUGUGCUCCCCGCCGGUGUGCGAUGCCUUCAGCCCGAGCGAGGUAAACAUAGAGGAGGGAGACUGCAUCAGGAAGUGCACCUCGCUCAACCUGACCCUGGCAGCCGAGUCCUGUCGGGAGAGACGCCACGUGGCCAUCAAGACCGUGCGAAUUCCAGAGGUCGGCGACCUCAGGGCGCUCAUAGAGGACCCCCGGCUGAACCUGAAGGUCAUCCAGCUGGUGAGAGACCCGAGGGGCAUUCUGUCCUCGCGCAUCGAGACGUUCCGCGACACGUACCGCCUCUGGAGGAUCUGGAGGGCCACGGGGAGGAAACCAUACAAUCUGGACCUGAGUCAGCUGACCACCGUGUGUGAAGACGUCCUGCGGUCAGUGGGCACGGGCACCAGCCGGCCCACCUGGCUCCGAGGAAGGUACAUGCUGGUGAGGUACGAGGACCUGGCGCGCAGGCCACUGCAGAAGACCCGGGACAUCUACGAGUUCCUGGGCCUGUCCAUGGAGAAGGCUGUGGAGGAGUGGAUCCGCAACAACACCAGGGGCAGCAGCGACGUGUCGGCCAAGCAGAAGUACGGCACAGUGAGGGACUCGGCCGCCAACGCGGAGAGCUGGAGGCUGAAACUCUCACACCACAUUGUUGAUUACACGCAGACGGUCUGCCAGCAGGUGUUAGAAGAACUGGGUUACAAAGCCGUGAGCUCACCUGAGGAGCUGAAGAACAUGUCCAUCUCGGUCAUCGAGGACAAAACAUUUGUACCUUUUUUGUAACGAAAAAAAGCGCGCCCACGCACAACUAUUUUUCUAGAUUUCUACUGUUGCCUUAAUUUGACUCAUUUGGACCGUUUGCACUAUGAACUUUGUAAAGCUUGCAGUGACACUCUGAACAGCACAACAAAUCAAACCAAAAUGUUCAGUGGAAAUCCCAAGUCAAUCUCAGUAAACGCAAUCAAAUGAGGACUUGUUGACUGACAUCUUACUUGUUUUUUUGGUUGUUUUUUCUGUCCACAAACACCAUCUGGUUAAUUAGUUCCUACAUAUUUUGCCAUUCCUUUGAUAAAGUUCUGAAACAAUUUUCCAGAAACUGCAAACACAAAUACAGAGGUGUGAAACACCAUGCAAUAAACCUGUGAAUGUGGCA